CGUCGUCGUCGUUGUUGGCGCAGCUACAACGGAGGGGAGAAAGAAGAAAAGAACAGAGAGAGAAAAGCCAUACACUUUUCUUUCUCCCCUCUCCCUCGUUGUGGUUGUGGUUGUUGUUGUGGGUGUUGCACCAGAAGAAGGUAAAUUUAACUACAACGAACAGAACUAUAUCGAUCGAUUAGAAUGCAGCACCAGGGGGGACCUUACCCGAUACCAGAUGAUGAUCGAUUUCCCCCCACCAACUCAACAGCCGUCGCCAUAGACAGGGACAAGAACAGCCAGCACGCCGUGAAAUGGGCUGUGGACCACCUCCUCCUCAACAACCCCAAUAUCAUCCUCAUCCAUGUCAGGAACCGAAAUGCCACUCAGGUAUUCACAAUGGGGGAUUCAAAUCCAGACACCAACAGGGAUCAAGCGGAAAAUGAUCUUCAGCAGCUUUUCCUGCCUUUCCGCGGCUUCUGCGCUCGUAAAGGGGUGCAUAUGAGGGAGGUAGUCAUGGAUGACGUGGAUGUUUCAAAAGCCCUCUCUGAAUACAUCGCAAACAACGGCACUAGCAACAUUGUUGUAGGUGCUUCUAACAGGAACGCACUUACAAAGAAAUUCAGAAAUCCUGACGUUCCGAGCACCCUAAUGAAAAUUGCACCGGACUUCUGCACCGUCUAUGUGAUAUCAAAAGGAAAGGUGAUGACCGUCCGAUCCGCAAACCGGCCAGCACCUGCACCUGCGCCUCAAAGGUCAAUUCAUCCUCAAGGACUUCCACCUCACUUCCCACCUCAUGACCAUGCCGAUCUUGAUGACGCUGUAAGAACUCCAUUCAAUAGGAGUCCAUGGAGAACUCCAGCGAGUCCAGGUCCAGCCUAUUUAGAAAGAAGGUCUUUCGAGAGGAACGGCGAUUACAUGAAGACACCAUCAAGGCCUCUCUCCACAGCCAAAAGCAUCCCCAUCGAUACUGAUCUCUCCAUCCGGCAACCAAGAUCGUACAACCGUGAUUCCUUUUCCGAGGACUUGGAUUUCAAUGGGCCUGGUUUGCGGUCGAGCGACUUCGGUGCCGAGAGUCUUGAGUUUUCUUCCAUCUCCAACGAGAGCCCUCGGAGCUCGCUCUCAUCACAGUCAGCUGGCCGAGAUGUCGAGGCUGAGAUGAAGAGGCUAAAGCUGGAGCUGAAGCAGACAAUGGACAUGUAUAGCACAGCUUGCAAAGAAGCAAUCACAGCAAAACAAAAGGCUCGAGAGCUUCACCAAUGGAAGAUGGAAGAAGGCCGAAAGUUCGAGGAAGCAAGGAUGGCCGAAGAAGCAGCCCUAGCAAUUGCCGAGAUGGAGAAGGCCAAAUGCAAGGCUGCCAUCGAAGCGGCCGAGGCAUCACAAAGGAUAGCUGAGAUGGAAGCGCAGAAGAGAAGAAAUGCGGAGAUGAAGGCGAAGAAAGAAUCAGAAGAGAAGAGGAAGGCGUUGGACGCUCUGGCAAAUUCAGACGUCCGGUACCGGAAGUACACCAUAGAGGAGAUUGAGGUAGCCACAGACUUCUUCUCCGAGACACUGAAGAUCGGUGAAGGUGGAUACGGUCCUGUCUACAGCGCUACUCUAGACCACACGGCUGUGGCCAUUAAGGUCUUGAGACCUGAUGCUGCACAAGGAAGGAAGCAGUUCCAGCAAGAGGUUGAGGUGCUGAGCUGCAUCCGACAUCCAAACAUGGUGCUACUGCUCGGUGCAUGCCCAGAAUAUGGAUGCUUGGUAUAUGAGUUUAUGGAGAAUGGCAGCCUGGAUGACAGGCUGUUCCGUCGUGGCAACACACCACCCAUCCCGUGGAAGCUCCGCUUCAAGAUCGCGGCCGAGAUCGCCACCGGUCUCUUGUUCCUCCACCAGGCCAAGCCCGAGCCGCUGGUGCACCGUGACCUCAAGCCUGGUAACAUCCUUCUCGACCGCAACUACGUCAGCAAAAUCAGUGAUGUAGGCCUCGCCCGUCUCGUGCCCCCCUCCGUCGCCGACAGCGUCACCCAGUACCGCAUGACGUCCACCGCCGGCACCUUCUGCUACAUUGACCCCGAGUACCAACAGACUGGCAUGCUCGGCAUCAAGUCCGACAUCUACUCGCUCGGGAUCAUGCUACUGCAGAUUAUCACAGCUAAGCCGCCUAUGGGCCUGACCCACCACGUCGAGCGGUCCAUCGAAAAGGGGACCUUUGCUGACAUGCUCGACCCUGCUGUUCCGGACUGGCCAGUUGAGGAGGCGAUGGGAUAUGCCAAACUGGCUCUCCAGUGUGCUGAGCUCCGGAGGAAAGACCGCCCAGAUCUCGGGACCGUAGUUUUGCCGGAGCUCAACCGCCUCAGGAAUCUUGGAAACAACAGCAGCAGCAGCAGCAUGUAUGAGUUGGGUGGUAGCUAUCCCAGCAGCAGCAGUAGUAACAGCAGCAGCAACAUCAAUGGUGGCCCACGCUCCAAUAGCCGUUUCCGAUCGAGUAUGGGCCAGUUGAAUCAGGAUGCGAUGAUGAACAGUCCUAGGAUAAUGAGAGGCAGCGCUUUGUCUGGGGUUCCUCAUUGGAAUAACAUUGAAGAGAGUGGCAUGAGAGGUGCAGGUGUAGCCCCCAAUGGAGGAAGACUUAUGCCAAGGAGAUUGCUUCCAUAUGAUGGGGAUGAGUAAAAGGAAAUGCUUUCUUGGUGAGAUGAAGAUUGGUAGGAACAAUACUUUAUGAAAUUUGGCUCUUUUUUCUUUCCAGUUAAUACAUGAGAUAGGAUCAAUUCAUGAAGUUUUCCAUACUUAGCUCCACCCUUCACUACAAAUCUAACACAUGCAUUCAAGUCAUUAAUCUAAUCCAACUUAAUUCUUCUUCUUCUUUUGUUGAAAGGUGAUGAAAAUCUAAUUGAAAGAAACACUAAAAGCUGAAAUCAUACAGCUACAGCCCAACUAACUCAGACUGCUCGUGAUGGUUAAAACCUUUAAUACAAUUUAUCCAAUCUAUAACAUCAAUCACCCUUUUAAACACAUCCUCCACCGACUGGCUUUCGGUUCAAAAACACCUAUUGUUCCAUUCACCCC